AUGUCGAGUUCACAGACAACUUUGGGCGCCGCCGCCGACGACCGCAAGGCCCGCCUCGCGAAGCUCAAGAACCUCAAGAGAAAACAACCAGCAGACGAAAUCGUACCGCCAGAGUCAGAACGCGAAGGUUCGGCUCCGGUAGUAGAGCCCGAUGUUUCACGACUACACUUGUCCGGACGUAAUUACGACCCCGAAGUGCGCGGACCCAAGCUCGGCUUCGAGGCGCCGCCGAUACAAGACCUCGACAAACCGACACUGGAGGAACAAGCGGCCGAUAUCGAGGCCGAUGUGAAGCACAAGGCGGCAGAAGAAGCGCAGGACGACAAAGGCAUCGAUCUGUUCAAGCUCCAACCGAAAAAGCCGAAUUGGGACUUGAAGAGAGAUCUGGAGAAGAAGCUCGAGGUUCUCAACGUCAGAACGGACAACGCCAUUGCGAGGCUGGUGAGAGAUCGGAUCACGAACGCGCAGAAGUCGAAACAGAUUGCAGCUGGAAGUACAGACGGCGCCCCGGCUGGAGUGGAUGGCAUCGCGUUGGUGGAGGGAGUGCGCGUCCGAGAGAGGGAGGAGGAAGAGGAAGAAAGACGCGAGAAGGAAUUAGACGAAGACUUCUGCGCUCGCGUUGAGGCUGCCUCUGCUGUGGUCUUUGAUCUUGUCUGCUGUUUCCACCAGCUCGUUCCAAGCGGCUUUCCGGCUCUCCUCGAUAACCCGAGCUCCUUUCGCCGCCGCGAGAACCACCUUCAGAAUGUGAUGCCGAUCGAUCUGGAGAUCUGGAGAGAAGCCUGCGACUGCCCUGAGUACCAGCACCACGAGAGACAGACGACUCUCGUCGCUGCAUCAACAUCAAAAGACAACCAUCCUGUCACUACUGUUCGACGAGUUGCCGCGCCGACCCACGACCGUCCCGAGGAAGCCGUUCCGCCAGGCGUCACCCCAGUGCCGGAGCCGAUCAUUGCAAACGGAGGUCACAACCGUUCGCCUGCCGACAUGGACUCUACCAACCCCAACUCGACGGCCAUCAAGCGCGAGGCGCCUCUGCCGUGGAAGCCCGAUGCAAGUGAUACCGUCGUUGAUGGGCUAAAGAAUUUGAACGUGGGAACGCGAACGCCGAGUCUUGUCGUCAACGGGACGGGAUCCACGUUCAUCGAGAGAUCAAAGUCCGCAACUAAGGAUGGAUCGGAUGAUUCUCAGAGAGCGGAUUCCAGCUCCGAACUCGGCACUAAGCCUCCCAGUCUGGAUGGGAAGAGUAUCACUUCCGGGACGACGUUUGCGCUGGAUGAGAAGGAAUCCCUGCGACCCGACGACAGCGCCAGCGUGAAAGCCGCUGCUGAUGAAGACGAUUCGUUCUCAUUCCGAGGCCCACAUCUUCCCAACUCAAGAAUGGGCUCCGACAUUGCUGCACGUGCGAGGGGCAUCAUCCAGCUCGGUGACAUGCCUGACCGGCGUCUUGUUCAACCUACCUCUGGGUCUUUAAGCCAGGGAAUGAUCACCCCGCAAAGCGCAACCUCGGACCAGCAGCAGCCCUCUACAAACGCUCUUUCAGCCACUUCACCAGACCCGGCCAUUGUCUUGAACACCAUUUAUGGACAAGCGCCAGACGAGAAGCUCUUGGAAGCGAUGGCCUCUCCCAAAGAUCGACUGUUCCUGUUGCGACUCGAGGCCGAACUGAUCAAGUUCGCCCAGAAUUCAAAGGAACCUUACAUGGACUUUCCUCCAUCCAACUCGUUCUGCAGAAUGUUGACCCACAAGUUGGCUGACUACUAUCGAAUGACGCAUCAAUAUGAAGCGCGGAUUGGAUCUGUGCGGAUCUUCAGAACCCCUUACGCCCGCGUUCCUGAGUCGCUAGCUAGCAUAGCAGCUCCAGAAACGAGUGCUCCAACUCCUCCUCCUGCUGCUCUCCAACCCAAAAAGAUCAUGCGACGUGGUGAGGAUGGAGAAUUCGCGCCUGCUAGUGCAUCUCCAUCGAAACCUACUUCAGAGGAUGGUAGCGACUCGAAGGACAAGAAUUUGGCUGCUAAUCAAAAGCUAUCGAGAGAACAGCGUGAAGAAGCAUACAAGCAAGCAAGAGAGAGGAUCUUCGGGAACGCUGAAAAGACGGGAGAUUCAACACCAGAUAACGAAGGUGAGAAUGGGAUCUCGCGCGCUAGCUCUGUCUCCGCAAGGGAGAAAGCCAACGCUGGGAAGAGAGGCAAGACCGGGAAACAAAGACGCGAUGAUUCGGACAGUUUUGAUUCGCGUCACAACUACACGGCUUACUGGGGGGGCCCUCAGCAACAGACUUGGAUAUCCCAACCGCAGUAUGUUCCUGUGUCGAACCAGUACGGGGCCCCAGUACAGCAGCCGUACCCCAAUCAGAUACAACCUCCAUACAACACGACCCCGACUCAGUCGUUCGCCCCUAUGAUGCCCAACCCGGGUUACAAUGCAUACCAGAACAUGGCGCAGUAUUCCCCUCAGACAAGCCAAGCCCAAUUUCAGUCAAGUCCCAACGCCAAUGGUCGCGGUUACGGGGGACCCGGCCCUGCCCCCCCUCAGGCUGGUUGGCAGCAAGGCUUUGCGCCGGGUCCGGGUCCGGGUCCUGGUCCAGCCCCGAUGCCGCCUGCUGGUGCUGCCGCAGCCUCUUACACGCCGCGGGGCAUGUCAGCGCCGCCUGGGCAAAACACUGUUCCUUACAUGUACGGACAGCUGCCAGCCAACAUCAAUCCGAAUGACCCUAAGAGCCAGCAUCCGAUUCCUGGCAGCUACAACCGACAUGCUUUCAAUCCCAAGACGCAGUCAUUCGUGCCGGGUGGCGGCAUGGCUCCGAUGCAGCCACCUCAACCGCCAUUCAGUGCUCCUGGCUCUCAUCACGGCAGCCCCCAGAUCGGCUCGCCUCACUUGGCAUACGCCGGCUACCAGCAGCCAGUCCCCCAGGCACCGUACGGCGUUGCCGCGGGCUACGGCAUGGCUAGACAAGGAUCAAAUAAUUCGAUUCCUCCUUACCACGGACCCUCGCAACAUCCGUACCAUCUCAACAACAUCCCUCAAGCACCGGGCGCCCAUGUUCCUCAGCACCCCCAACAUAUCCCUCAAAACCCACCUCCGCACAUUCCCAGUAAACCCGUCAUCCCCCAGGGCCCGGCCGGACAGACGUUCAGCCAUCUGCCACAUUACGGCAACCCUGCUACUUUGCCUCAAAAGCCAAACAUGGGCGUUUAG